GGUAAUACAAAUGGGAUGGGAGUUUACUCUGUCCAGUGAUGUGAUUAUCUCUACAAAGCACACCGUGGUUUCACAGGCCAUUUGCUCACCCCACAAGGACAUCAAAUCCACAAUGUUUCCUCUGCGUCUACUUCUACUGAUAUCUGGAACACUGGCUAUGAAUUGCUCAAAUUCAGAUGAUACCUUUUAUUUAAACACCACAACUGGGGAGAUUUCAAUGACAAUAAACCUGCCAAACAAGACUAUCACCAUCAACGAUAAAGCCGAGGAGGAUCUGAAAUGCUUUUGGUUCAUUGAAAGCUAUGUUGAGUGCACCUCAAUGAACUUGACCUCUAUUAACCUCACUGAGUGUCAGACGGUGCAGAUUUCUGUCGUCGAGAACUCAACCAGCAAGUUGAUCUUCAACAUAUCUUCCUCCAUGUGUGAGGUCACCAAGUGUACUGGGACAGCAAUCACUGCCCUGAUGAGAGAGAUACAAGACCAUCCCAGUGAGGGUCCAAAGGAUCUUAAAAGGGUCCUGAACAUGCGAAAUAUGUGUGCAGACCUGUUCAAAAAUGAUUGGACCAUGAGGAUGAUGUUUAUUGGCGUUGAACGGGGCCUGAUACACAACAUGAUGAACAUCUCAAUCACCGGAGAGUCUGUGUACUAUGACCUCAGGGAUCUGGCUCUGACUGUGUUUAACCUGACUAACCUAACCAGUGCUGAUGACAAGAUGGUGAAAAUAAAAGCCCCAGAGCUCCUCCCUGAGAACAAAUCUUACAUUCCGGAAACAUGGAUCCCUAUUGAUGCACUCCAGAACAUCCCAGAGGAAAAUAGGAGAGUGGGCGUGGUCACCUAUAAAUCACCCAAUCAGUUCUUGGUUAAAGAGGAACUCGUGAGAACCAUGGCCAUACGGAUAGAGAUGGAUGGCGGCAGACAACUUGAGAACUUGAUCACUCCACUCAAGAUGAAGUUCAAAUUGCUUGACCCUAUAAUACCAGUGAAUUACAGCCUGUCGUGUCAAUAUUUCAAUGAAUAUGGGAACAUAAGCCUCCCAGACACUGUCUUUUGGAAAACGGAUGGAUGCGUUACUAAGAUCAACGACAGCAUGGUGGAGUGCCUCUGUAACCACGCUACGCCGUUCGCCGUGCUGCUGAUCGCCGACCUAUCUAUUGACGGUGUGCACUGGCAGGUCUUGUCUUACAUCAGCUACAUUGGCUGUGGCUUGUCGGCCUUCUUCACCGCCAUAUCCUUCCUCACCUACGUCAUCACCACGAACUCCAGGGUGGACAACGCCAACAGCAUCCACGUGUCACUGAGCGGGGCUUUGUUCCUGCUCAACACCUCUUUCCUGCUCAACGAGUGGGGGGCCAGUCUGGGCAUCAGGGGCGUGUGUGUCUUCAUUGCGGCGGCCAUUCACUACAGCCUCCUCAGCUGUUUCACCUGGAUGGCCAUUGAAGCUGUCCACCUGUAUCUCCUCCUGGUCAAGGUGUUCAACACCUACUACCGACACUAUAUGGCCAAGCUGUCUGCCAUUGGCUGGGGACUCCCUGGUAUCGUUGUGGGAGUUUCAUUGGCGGUCAAGGAUAUCAAACCGUUAUAUGGACCUACAGAAAUGACUAUGGCAGACACUAACCAGACAAAUACAAUCUGCUGGAUCACGGACAUCCCCUUCUUCUACAGUAUGAACCUGGCCUAUUUCACCAUCAUCUUUGUCCUUAACUCUGGCAUUCUGUUAACGGUGACCAACCGGAUCUGCCAGCUGCAGCGCUAUGGCAGUAAGGGCAAGCCUGGGAAGGCAAGCCUGGCCUGGAAGGACAUCGGCACCGUCCUGGGUCUGACCUGCCUGCUGGGCAUCACCUGGGGCCUGGCCUUCCUCAGCUAUGGCUAUGUCAACCUUCCCAUCCUCUACCUGUUCAGCAUUUUCAACUCCCUCCAAGGAUUCUUUAUAUUCCUAUGGAUCUGUGGCACUGCCAGGAAAGACAGGGAGCGGGCGGCGAAUACCAAGAGCACAUCAGCAGCUCUGAACACCUCUACAGCCAAACCCAAGGAGGAGAUGUUCCCUGGCAACAACCCCUACCAGUAAACAAUAUCUGUCCACAAUGGAGAUCACCCAUAUCUUCUUAGAUGGCAAGGGGAGUUUUGGCUUUUGUGUCUAAUGGCAUAUGCAUUGUCUCUUUCUUUCUCUUUCAAAUUGAGUUAUGGUUUCUACACCGGUUGUGUGCGUGUGAGUACAUGUGCUGUGUGUUUUGGGCUUUUGUGGCCUUGUGGAUGGAGCAGAUGACUACGGGUCUCGUCCCGUGUGUUAAUCAUCGUGCGCGUUUGUUAUUUAUUUGAGGUACUCCUCGCUCUUUUGUUUGGGUUUCAACCCUGUGUCUUUGUUACGUGUUUGUUUGGUCUUCGUCCAUGUGCCUUUACACGGCACGCCGUAAUUUGGGGCUGAAUAAAAAAAACUAUUACGCAUUCCUGCGCCUGUCUCCCGAAUCCAUUUAUACCAACGUGACAUGCAUUUUCUUCUGUAUCAUUCCAAUGUAUUUAUUGGGAAAGUGCUUUGAGGGAAUAAUUUUACUUGAAGUGUACGUUGUUUAUGAUUAUCAACCUUCAUUAAAUAUCCGAUCUCAAGUUGCGGAACUGACUGGUGCAUAAUUAGUCAGUGGCAGACCAAAGGAUUUAGUUUCCUGCAUAAACCUUUUCACACCGCCUCAUCAUUAUUAGUUUCGCAAUCAAUCACUUGAUUUUCUAACUCGACUAUGGAAAGUGUGUUGCAAUCUGGUAAUGUUUUCUAUGUUUCAACUAAUAUCACUUCUGCAGAAAGUGUCUCACUGGGAGCACUAGGUUCUCAAAUGCACACACGAUUUCUCAUUUGCAUAUGAUUGUGAAACAGAGACAUCCUCUUUUCUAGCAAUUUUCUGGUGAGUGGCAGAAUGAGUCUUAGAGGUGCUGAGAAAUGCCACCGUAUACGAUUUGUUGUUGUUGAUGAUUCUCACUGAAAUGUUUUGAUUAUAUUGAUUUACCUAACAUUAACCCCCCACCCCACCCUCACCCAAAGGACUACAAAGGACAUACGCUUUCAAGCUAUUGUGUUAUUCUUGAUGAUUUUUCUUAAAUUGUAUGUGGAGACGUCUUAUGAACAGUAUGUUUGUAUUUAUUUAUAUUGUCUAAUAAAUAUAAGUGUUGUAUUCAUUA